AUGUAUCGCCAGAUAAAAGUUGCUAACGAAGAUGUAGAUUAUCAACGAUUAGUCUGGCGAUCCAAGCCGCAAGAAGAUAUCGAACAUCUGCGAUUGUUGCGAGUCACCUUUGGCACUGCCUCAGCCCCAUAUCUUGCAGUCAGAGCAUUGCAUCAAGUCGCGUAUGAUGAAGGUAAACAGUUUCCAUUGGCAGCAGAAAGAGUCCUAAAUGAUUUUUAUGUGGAUGAUCUACUUACUGGUUGUGACACAGUUCUGGAAGGAAAACAAAUAUUUCAACAAAUGAAUGAGUUACUAAACAAAGGGGGAUUUGAACUUCAAAAAUGGUCAAGCAAUAAUGAAACACUGUUGAACGAAAUAAGCAAGGAUUCAGAAACAACAACAAGCAAUUUGGAACUCAAAGUAGAUGAAAUUAUCAAAAUUCUUGGACUUACCUGGAACCGACGAACUGACGUCUUCGAAUACUCCGUGCAGCUACCACCUAUCAGUGAACCUGUAACAAAGAGAAAAGUUAUUUCAGAUAUUUCAAAGUUGUAUGACCCUUUGGGAUGGCUUGCUCCAGUCAUCGUAAAAGCAAAAAUGUUCAUACAAAAGCUAUGGUUAGCAGGAAUCGGUUGGGAUGAGGAGUUACCAGCAAAGCUUUUUAAAGAAUGGAGUACUUACCGAGGUGAACUUACUGCACUUACUCAAUUUCGUCUGCCGCGCUGGAUUGGUACGAAUUCAAAGUGUAUCACAGUUGAGUUACACGGCUUCAGCGACGCUUCGUCUGAUGCAUAUGCUGCUGUAGUCUAUGCGCGCGUGGUAGAUGAAGCUGGAAAUGUUAUGGUCACUCUUAUCACCUGCAAAACAAAAGUAGCUCCAAUAAAGCAAAUUUCCAUCCCGAAGCUUGAGUUGUGCGGCGCUGUUCUACUAGCGAAGUUGUUAAAGGAAGUCUCAGAAAUUUUGAAGGUACCAAAGUCAAACUUACAUGCAUGGACGGACUCAACGAUCGUUUUAGCUUGGUUGAGCAGUCAUCCAAGUCGCUGGAAGACGUUCAUAGCAAAUCGAGUGUCAGAGAUUUUAGCUAUUUUAGACCGAGAACAGUGGUCACAUGUGGUAUCCUCUGAUAACCCUGCAGAUUGCGCUUCCCGUGGAGUCAACCCAUCUGAAUAUGAUACACUUCCUCUCUGGAAAAGUGGACCUGCAUGGUUAAAAAACAUAACCAUAGAACACGACAGAACGGACAUAAAGGACACAAACCUAGAAGAGAAAGAAAAGAAAGCUUACCAUGUAACCAAAGAAGAUGAAUUUGAAUUGUGGACCAAGUAUUCGUCUUUACAAAAACUAAUAAGAGUUAUAGCUUAUUGUAGGAGAUUUGCAUCAAAGGCAAAGAAAUCUAUUGAAGCAACGACUUUUCCGAUAUGGUUAACUAGCAAAGAACUAUCAGAAGCAAUUCUAAUUAGCAUAAAAGCGUGUCAAGCUGCUCAUUUUGCACAAGAAAUCAAAGAUAUCGAGACUGCAGGUACCGUUAGUAAGAAGAGCAAACUUACCACUUUGACUCCUUUUCUGGAUCGUGAAGGCAUUUUGAGAGUUGGUGGUCGUCUUGAGAGAGCUAACAUCAGUGAUAACAAAAAACACCCGAUUGUUUUACCAUCAAAAUCUCACUUCACAGAUCUUGUCAUUGCCGAUGCUCACCAACGAACCCUUCACGGAGGACCUCAAUUGAUGGUAAAUUAUCUACGAUCGAAAUAUUGGAUUCUUGAUGUAAAAAACCGCACAAAAUUGUUUGUGCGCAAAUGUGUCACAUGUGUACGACAUGCAGCACAAUUUAGACAUCAACUCAUGGGACAGCUACCUCCAGCACGCAUCACGCCGAUACGCCCAUUUUAUCAGAGUGGAGUUGAUUAUGCUGGACCCAUCCAGAUCAGAGCUUCUAAAGGUAGAGGUUACCGAGCAUACAAAGGCUACAUUUGCCUAUUUGUAUGCAUGGCCACAAGGGCUGUGCAUCUAGAGGCUGUAACCGAUCUCACUUCACAGGGAUUUCUAGCAGCUUUUAAACGAUUUGUUUCGAGACGUGGACAUUGCGCUGAUCUCUACAGCGAUAAUGGAACGAACUUUGUGGGCGCCGCUCGAGAGUUGAAGACCUUGGUGGCCCAAGAGCACUCAACCAUGGCUAGAGAAAUCGCAGAUAGUUUGGCCACAGCUGGAACCACGUGGCAUUUCAUCCCACCAAGAGCUCCUCAUUUCGGUGGAAUAUGGGAGAGUGGGAUAAAAUCUACCAAACAUCAUCUGAAGCGAGUGAUCGGCACAGCAACCCUUACCUAUGAAGAAAUAUCUACGUUGUUAUACCAAAUUGAAGCGUGUCUUAACUCAAGGCCGUUAACACAGAUCAGUACCAAUUCACAAGAUCCAACACCUCUCACACCAGGUCAUUUUAUCAUCGGUGAACCUUUAGUACUUGUGCCCGAUAACAAUUAUGAAACGUCAACAAUAUCAUCUUUGAAACGCUGGCAGCUAACCCAACAAAUGCUCCAGGUCUUUUGGCGUAGGUGGUCAAACGAAUAUUUAACUCAGUUUUUGCAGCGGUACAAAUGGGCAAAUAAAACACCAGAGCCUAGAAUUGGGGAUGUAGUCUUAAUUAAAGAGGACGAUCUUCCUCCUGCGAAGUGGUUAAUGGGCAUAAUUAUCGAAAAGCACAAAGGUUUGGACAACCUUACUAGUUAG